AAAUACGCGUGCGCAGGGCGGACCCAUACAGACGGCGGUAAGGGAGGCAGUGGUGUGCGUGAGCGCUGUGUCAACCGCUUCCAGGCACUUCGCACGGGCCUCGAACCCGGAACUUUCGCGCCCAGCUGACGGCCAGCGAUCACCAUGCCUCGCAGGAAGCAGCACAGUCCGAAGAAAGUGAGAUUGGAUGAUGGGACUGCAGCUGCGGGCGCAGCGACGUCAGCAUCACCACUUGAAGAAGAUGUCGAUGACGAUGUGUUCCGCGAAGACUUGGACGGGGACUUCCAUGCAGACGCUGAUGAUGAGUAUGAGGAGGACCUUGAGAAUGAAGAAACUUUCCUUGGAGACGAGAAACAAACCCUUCUCGGGCACGGGGUGUACCCAGGAUGGAGGGCAGGGGCAAUCCCACCAGCAGACUAUCUCCCCAAUGGGUCCUUACAGGUAGCUUUUGAUGAAUCGCCGCUCAAGUCUUUGAGUCAGUUGAGUGAGGGUGUGCCAGGGGAAAUGAGAGGCACCCCUCAGACACAAGGGAGUUUUGUUGAUGACACCAAGAACUACCUCUUCAGCCCUUACAGCAUCUUCAUCCGAUCCAACCUGCGGAGGCAGAACCGCUCGUACAACGGUGGAAUGGCCGGUAAGCUGAAGUGCAAAUAUUGCGGGGAGGCGUUCGAAUCCCUGUUCACCCUCACGGUGCACAUGUCUCAGACUGGACACUUCCGAAGCCAGAGCACGUGCGUACAGAGGCUCACGCAGAAAAGCACCAAGCCCAAGAAACGCUCCAUGCUGGACAUGGAGGAGAAGGAGCACACGGAUGCUGUGCUGAAGUGCAUGGGCUGCGGACAGUCCUUCGACACACUUCAGGACCUCACCGUCCACAUGAUGCAGACAAAGCACUAUGAGAAAAUUGCACAAAAGUGGGACUUUGGGAAGGAGGAUGAGGCAGAGGAAGCCCCUCAAGACCUGACUGACUACUUCGGGAACAACAACCUUGUCAGCCCAAACGCUGAGGCAUCAGAAGUACAGUGUGCCAUGCCAGUCUUCUGUAGACCAACAACUCUGAACAUUCCAUCCCAAACUUCUACAGACACAACAGAGGCUGCGAAGGAACCAGCUCAGUCUAGUUCUAGUAGUGCAGCAACGGUGGGCACCCUCCUGCCAUUCAAGUUGGAGGAACUGUUCCCGCAGAUGUACAAAGAGGAAGAUGUGGAACACACCACGACCAUGACGGUGCACAGUUUGAGAGCCAGUCUGCAGUACCAGAAGCAGAAGAAACAGAUCCUGCGGUGUCUGGCCUGCAGCAAGGUUUGCGAUUCCCUCCACAUGCUCACACAGCAUAUGCUGGAUACCGGACACUUCAGCAAGGUCCCCAAUGGUCCAGAGAAGACGGAAGAAGAAAGCAAGGCAGAGAGGGUACCCUUACUUGUUCAAGCACCGUCAUCAACAAUGUCAAAGUCACAGGAUGACUCAAUGGACAAUGAGGUGUCUCCAAGUCAGACAAACGGGAACACAGAAACGUCCACUUCUGUGAUCCAGGCACCUUCCAAGCCGAGGAUUGAAGAGAAGUAUCUGCACACAGCAGAGAUCCAGCAGCCUUCCAAAGGCAAUAUCCUCCAAUUGUUGCAAAACACUGUCCACUGCUCCCUGCAGAAGGCAGCAGGGCAGGAGAGCAGUAGUUCUGUGGGGUCCUACUCGGUUCCUGCCACUAGUGUGUUAGAGAGUAGAUGGAUACAGCGGAGAAGUCCCGUCAUCGCUUCCGCUCCUCCUAGAAUUAAGGUGGAGGAGAAGGAAGAGGAAGGAGCUGUCGACUUGAGGGUUCACUCGUCCCCAUCUCCCACUGUAACCACCAGUGCAAUUCCAUCCACCAGUAGUGUUCUGUCUACAUUGUCCACCACCAGUGGGACUGAAAAGUAUGUCAAACCCAAUGCCAGCAAGGCAAAGCAAGAGGACCCACUGGAUGCCAUGAGGAGAAUAGCACAGUCUUGCGAACCAUCCACACGCUGUGAGGAUGCCUUCAAGAUGCAUAACCACAGCAGCUCUGGCCCCGAUGUCAAGCCCCUCCCAGGGCGUUCCCAGUUGUUAUCGUCCACCAAUUCUGCAGUUAUGACAGCAAGCAAUAGGGUCUCUGGUAGGUUAACUUCCACUAGUCGGACAUUCUGUGAGGCACCAAGUAAAGAAGAGCAGAGGUUAGGUUCUGGUAACCGGCGAAUAGCGCCCAGGGCCGGGAACUGCCAUGUAGAAACAGUGAAGGUGAGUAGACGAGGUCGCCACUCCUCGUGGAAUCCGGUUCACCAAAUGAUCUUGCAGGCUUAUAUUGUAUCCAAUAUGGACACGGCCGAGGGUCGGCCUCGCAGUCCCCCUCCCGACAUUAGCCACGAUGACAAAGUGGGCAUAGCCCAUGCCACGGGUCUCACCAUGACAGCCAUCAAUCACUGGGUUGCCAACGUACGGUACCGACUCAGGCAUGCCGGCAGUGCCAAGUUCGUGAAGAACUACCAGACCACGAGUCCUCUGUUCCAGUGCUUAGAGUGUGGCACGCAGCCCACCACACCCAGACACUUUGUUUCACACUUGGAAAACCACCUGGGGUUCAAAGUGACCGAUGUCAAUGCCAUGGCAGCUAAAAUGGCCAGCGAACCGGUGACGCGCCAGGCUGUAAAUUCCAGCAAAGUUGCAGACGUGAAUGAAAAUUCCUUUAAGUGUUCGUUGUGCUCGUGUGAGUUCAAGAGCAGACAUGCCGUCAAGAUCCAUCUGAGCAAAACGCACGAGAAAUCCCCCCACUAUCAGGACAAUUUCAUCGUUCCCUUGAAUUCGAAUGUUCAGUGAAACUGAAUAUCAGCCUGAAAAGUGAAUUACAAAGAACACCCUUAUUUAUUAAGAUCAAUAGCUUUAUCUGUGUGACAGAUUUGUAAAGUUAUGUUGGGGGUCAAAACCUAUAUAAGAUUUUCUUGUUACAGUGUUCUUAUUAUGGUUAAAAAUGUUAAUUUACGCUUUUGCAUUUUUAGAAAAUGUGCUUGUUGUAAACUUGUUGUAAAACAAAUCCCAAGUAUUAUUCACAGGCUCUUCACAAUAGUCUUGACAGAUGAUUAGACUUCUUAGCUAUGCUACCGAAUCUUGGUCCUUAGUUAACAUAUAUUUAGGCAAGUCCUUCAAAUGAGGGUCUGUUUCUGGUGCUGGUAGAAACCUUUUCAUGACUAUUAGAAAUAUGUUUUAAGUAUAGCUAUUGCUAUGUUUAUGUUUAAGUAUUACUCCACCUCUUUAUUGUUGCCAAGAUUUUGUGGAAAAUUGUGAAUUUGUAGCAGCAGACACAGCGUUAUGAGACGAGGCAUUGUAAGGUGCUGUGUUUUACAUCAGAUGGAAAAUCUGCAGUGAAAUCGUGAUCUGAUGGUAUCCUAGCUCAGUGAAGGCAGUUGGUGAUUGGUCUGGAAGUAACUUCAUGGUGGAGAUAGUCACAGCACAUGGUACAACAGUUUACAAAGUUAGCACUUCUGUUCUGAGAUUAAGUUGUUCCAAAAAUAUCUUUAUCAUAUUGACAAAUCAAGACAGUUUACUUUCAAAUAAUGAUUGGAAAUGUUCACAGUAUGUAGUGAUGUCACCAUGUGUGUCAACACCAGGCAGAUAAAAGAUGUACACUUAAUGUUACAUAUUUUAAAAAAUGUUAUCUGCUUAAGUAAAAAAAUGAAAGUUUGAUUUGUUUUCAAGAGUCAUGUCAAACUGCCCAAAUUACACAUUUUGUGUAAACUUUGUGUUGACCUACUUUAUUGAGCCAUAUAUGUUGUAUGAUUUUUCAAAGUCUUCAGUAGUAGGUAGUGUCAUACACCAUUACAUUUGGACGUUAGGGGAACACAAUUAGUGUUAUGCAUUGUUAUUUUUUCCAAAAAUUUUGUCCACCCAAAUUGGUCACUGUCAGGAUUUCAUGUUUAUUUAAUUUAUAGGGUGCUUUUGUGAUCUGUUUUGAAAUUGCAAAACAAAGCUUUUGGGUUACGUGCAACUGGUUCAUGUUGGAGUGUAAAGUGAAGCUGAUAUUUUUGUGAACACCGUUGUGAACAGUGUUUUCAGAUGUUAUGAAAAGUUACAGGCUACAAGCUGGUAAUGGUUUGAAGAGAAUUUUUAUAUCAGAUUGGGGGACAGAAAACUAGAGCAGUGGGGAGUCAGAAUUUUUGUACUGAUGGGGAAGGAGGAAGUACUAUUGGCAUGAUGUAUUGUCUUUCCUCAAGAGAACUGAUUCAUAAGAAAGUAGAUAAAGAAAUACUAUCAAUGGCUGUCCUUUGUAGAUGUUAUUAUUACAGUGCAGUACUACUGUAUGAUGAACUAUGAAGCAAACAUUGUGUCCAUGUACAUGUAUGUGAGUAUGGUCCAAUCUGAGAUUGUUGAAUUCCUUCGCAAAUUGUAAUUUGCAUGUAGUGUUUGUACAUAGUAAUUUCAGCAGAUUUCUCUUUUACAUGCCAAACUGCUUCAAUGUUGGGCACAAAUGAAUUAAAGCAAAUGAAGACAUUUUGA